AUGGGGAGCUGGUCGUCGACGGAGGCGUAUGCGCCGGCGAGGAAAGGGAGAAAGACUGCGACGGGGCUUUGGAACUUCAUGACGGCUGCAUUUGCCGAACAAGGACCACGAGCACGUGCGGACGCCUUUUGGCUUCUUACUCCCACCAGCUCGUUUAGCGCCCACGCUUUCACCAUAUCGCUUCCUCAAGCUAACCAAUUCCCUCCCAACCCCGGGGCCUCUAACGCCCAGCCAAGCGGUGGAUUUCAAACCACUGAGGCCUGGCCCCAAUUGCUACCGCAGACUCCACCUCCUCGCCCGCCCAGCGCCUUCGAAUCCGAGUUCGGAGACCCGAAAUCAGUGCCAAACCUCGAUGACUUCUACGUCCCCAUGUCCGACCGCGUCGACGCAACUCCUACGCGAAAACGUGCUAGAAUCGAAUCAAACAACGCCCUGCCGCCCCCCACGCCUCGUCGCGCCUACUUUACGGCGAUCCGUCGGGGUGGGGGCACUCGAGAUAUGUCAUGCACGGAAUGGAGUCGGGCCUGCGUAGAGCUGCUUGGCGAUAUAGUAGACGGUGCCAGAAGCACGCUCGGUUGGACCAAUGACGGCGAUGCAGUAGCAGAGGUCCUUAGCGUCGCUAAAGCACUCAAGAACACACUACGCGAGAUCGACAGCAUGGUGUCGGUUGACGAUGACAUCUUCAUGUCCCAACCUAGCGCGCCCGCCCCGGCCCAAGAUAAAGGUUUUGACGGAUUCAAAUCAGAGAUUAAGGAUCUCUUCCUCAGCCUGGAGGCUAAUCUCUCCUCGCGGAUUUCAAAUGUGGAAAGGCGGCUCGGAUCUGUCCCACUCCCUUCUUCCGUCCCCAACUCAACCAAUAUCACGCCCACCUCACGGCCACAAGCCCCCACCCCAUCGUCGUAUGCAUCAGCUGCUAAGUCAGCUCCUUCGAGUCAACCCAAGCCAGCCCAGCAACCUAAGGCCGUCGGCCUGGCCCCGGCUUCGAAGUCAAACACAAAGUUCGUUGUACGUUUCCGAGGUCGCCUACCCCCCGAAGCCGAACGCAAAUCCUCGCAUGUUUUAUUCCAUGCUCUCAACCACGCUUUUAGCAAUAAUGCUGCCGCUCGUAAUGACGGCUUAGAAAUUCUUGGUGCGGAAUGGAACCGCAGCGGUAACAUAAUUCUUACCUUCCCCUCCCACGUUAAUCCAAACACUGUAUAUAAUCAUAUUAAUCUGUUACAUCCCAUUGUAGAUCACGGCCUCGACGAGGUCAUAAUAUCGCACGACACGAAAUGGUCCAAGGCAGUUUGUUCGAGGGUACCCUCCGUAGGCUUUGAUGGCCAUUAUUGGGACUCCAAGGCCCUUGGUGUCCUCCUCAGGCGCAAUCCAAUCAUCAAGAGCCUCAAAAUAACCCAGGAGCCUCGCUUCGUGUCCAACCCAGCCGAAGGAUUGCCCCCAGUCGCGCCAGUUGUCUUCGCAUUUGAGGACCCGGAUGGAUCAAAACUUAAAGAACUAUUCAAGACCCCCAUCUUCAUGGAUGGGCGCCACACCCCGGUACGUCCUUGGAGAGAAAAGCCCAGGCUGACCCAAUGUGAUAGAUGUCAAGGCCUCGGCCAUACGGCAAAGCUAUGUGCCAAGCCGCAUGUGUGUGCUAAAUCUCAUGUAAAUGCACGCCUAAGUGUGCCAACUGUGAGGGUGAACACUGGGCCACAGAUGGCUGCUGCCCGGAAAAGCGCAAAUUCGUCCCUCGACUUGUUCCCCCGCUGGCCCCUCCUCCGCAAAUGGCACUGCAGCCCCAACGACAGCCACAAAACCCCCCUGCCCCACCACACAUGCAGGUUGAUGCAUGAACAACCUCCCCCCGUCGAGAAUUGUGCAGCUCAACAUAGCGCGCUCCUCGGCGCGCACCCACAUUAUGCUUAA